AUGUCGUCGUCUAAAAAGCAACAACUCGCUAUUUGCAAGGCAGCACUUGAAGCUUUACAGACCAAAAUCGAUGAAGCAGAACAAGAAAGAAAGACGGCAAAAACUCAGUUGGAGAAGGCUAUUCAGGAAGGGAAAGCAGUUUCCUCAUAUGAAAAACUCUUGGAUUCAGCUACAGCUUUCCUCACUGGUUUGCAAAGCAAAGAAAAAGAAUUACUCAAGAGAGAGUCUCAACUCACCCGCUCUCCCUCUACAAGCGACGACGAAAUGCAAGAAAUACCACCUAAAGGCUCACCCAAGCGAAGAAAAGUCGAUGAUUUGAUUGAAAAGAGCAAGAGGUAUCUAUUUAGAACUGAACGCUGGGGGUGCGUCACCGUCAUCAAAAAGAGAAGAGCCGUUACUUUUGCCCACACUGAACAUUCCUCUCUACAACCUGGCAUGAGUAUGAAAAUCUACUCUACUGAAGGAAAUGUUGAAUAUGAUGUUAAAGUGGUCAAGACAAAUGCAGAGAGUGACUGGGUGCUGUUGGAAAGUGAUGUUGAUUUGUGCGAGAAGGAGCCAAUUUGGGAACCUGUUGUUGAUGGCCAUCGUUAUGUUCAACUAGGCCUCUCUGCUCUCCAUCAACAAGAGUCUCCAUUUGCCAUUUCAACCGGAGUGAUUAGCUCACAGCGUCCGAAUAUGUUUGGCCACACUCUUGGGUCAUCUGGAGCGAACCCUGGUGAUUCUGGUGGAGGCUGCUUUGAUCAAUCAUCUGGCUGUUUGGUUGGAAUCAAUGUUGGCUGUGAAAAUGCCUCUUUUAAUCCGGACAUGGACACUGUAACUCAAACGUACCACAAAAUCUCUACCAGAUUUGCCACAAGAGCCCACAUUAUUCCCAUCAAUAGUUUCCAGUUUGUUUAA